CCAGAGAUACCCGCCGGGACUCCAUUUCCCGACGUGCCCUGGGCCUCGUCCGUCUCUGAGCCGCUUUCCUUGAGGGGCCGAAAGAAGCCUUGCAGGAUGCUGGAGGAGGCCGGGGAGGAGGUGCUGGGCUCGGUGCUGCUGAAGGCCUCCUGCCUGCCGCUGAGCUUCUUGGUCGUCGUGCCCGCCGUGCUGCUGCUGCUCCUGGGGCCUCCGCCGGCCUCCGCCGCCCACGAGUUCACCGUCUACCGCAUGCAGCAGUACGAGCUCGGAGGGCAGCCCUACGGGACUAGGAAUGCUGUGCUUAACACAGAAGCGCGCACCGUGGAGGCGGAUGUGCUGAGCCGCCGCUGCGUGAUGAUGCGGCUGAAGGAUUUCUCCUAUGAACAGUACCAGAAGGCCCUCCGCCAGUCGGCCGGCGCUGUGGUGAUCAUACUGCCCCAGAGCAUGUCGUCAGUGCCUCAGGACGUCAUCCGGCAAUUCAUGGAAAUUGAGCCAGAAAUGCUGGCCAUGGAAACCAUUGUGCCGGUCUACUUUGCUGAAGAAGAUGACGAGCUCCUCUCCAUCUAUGAGCAAACACAGGCUGCUUCUGCUUCACAAGGCUCAGCCUCAGCUGCUGAAGGUAGAUCUGUUUUUAAAAAACACUAG